CGAACAUGAUGCUCGGCAUCGCGUCGUGACGCCAAUGAACACAAUUUUAUUUUCCACUAGUGUAUAUGAAACUCGAAAUUUUCUCCUCUUAGAUAUAGUGUUUAGUGGCAAGAAGUUUCAGACGUUUUUUCAUGUUGAAUGUCUUCUGUUUUAUCUCUAGGAUACACAUUCGUUAUUAACUGGCUUUAUAGGAAUUUCAAGUGCCACAAAUAGAUCAUUCUUCAAGAUAUUAAGGCCGUUUUCAACAAUCAUCUCAGUAAUUGUCCGUUUUGGUGCUUCACGUAUUGAUAGAAAAGAAGAAAAAUUGGAAGGUAUGCAAGUACUUAGAAGGUUGGGACAGUGGCGGUAGUAACCAGGAGGCGGCAGCCUAUAACAGCGCAAGUGCAGACCCUGGAUAGGUUGGGUCAAUUGCACCUGAUCAGCGCCAGUAUCAGGCAUGCACGCCAAUUUACACUCGGACAGGAACGAAUGGCGGCUACCGCCCGAUGACACACUACAGGUCGGUGAACCGAAAACCAAAAAAUCCGAGGUAGGUGAUGAAGAGGAAUUAGCCCAUUUUGAUGAUGACGGUCACAAUUGGUGGUCUAUUAUAUUUUCUUUAUUAGUUAUCGGUUUAGUUAUCACUGGUAUAGUAGCGGCAAUAUUUAUAGUUGGAUAUGUUGACGAAUUAUUAUAUUGGCAUGGACAGAGAAUGCACCUGGAAGAUCUCUUAGAGGGUGACUUAACUCCAAAAAGACUGCCUUCUUCCUGGGUAUCUCCAACGCAAUUUCUUUUCCAAUCUGAUGAUGGUAGUUUAUCGAUUUUAGACACUACUAAAAAUUUUACACUUUCGGUUUUAGUUACAAAUAAUACUUUGAGACAAUUAAAUGUUAAAGGAUAUCAGUGUUCAAAGGAUCUUACUUACGUUCUCCUUAAACACAAUCUAAAAUCUACAUUUCGACAAUCGUUUACAGCCCAUUAUACUAUCUACGAUGUCAGCAAAGACCAUCAUAUACCCGUUCGGAUGGAGUUUUCUCCGAAAGCCCAACCGGAACGCCUCCAAUUUGUUUCGUGGUUGGGCAACACGACAUCCCUCUUAAUAAUAUUCAACAACGACAUAUAUUAUAGGAAAUCCCCGACGGACGAAUAUGAUGUCAGGAUAACAUUCUCGGGACAACCAGAUCUCAUCUAUAACGGGAUUCCCGAUUGGUUGUACCAAGAGGAUAUUUUACAAACGCAACAGGCGUUAUGGAGUUCCCCUGAUGGAACGCACCUCCUUUAUGCUACUUUCAACGAUAGUCAAGUUGGAAUCUUGAAUUUUCCUUGGUUCCAAACUGGAUCCGUUUUAGGAUCGAUGGAGUCUUCCGAGCAAAUACCCACUUUUCCUUCGUCUAGAACUUUAAGGUACCCAAGACCUGGUACCCCAAUUCCUUCAGUGCAACUGUGGAUUGUAAAUAUUUCCAAUGUAACUUCAUUGAAGUACCAUCUCGUUCAACCACCGAAAGCCUUAUUGAAUCAGGAUUAUUACCUCACUUCCGCAGGGUGGAUUGAUCAAAAAAAUUCCCAAGUGUCUGUAGUUUGGAUCAACAGAGUGCAAAAUUUGAGCAUAGUUUCAGCGUGCCUAGCGCCUAAUUGGACCUGUGUCGAAACGCACGCCGAGCGAGCUCUGGAAAAAUCUUGGCUGGAAAUCCAGGAACACCCGAUGUUCUCUCCCGACGGCGACAGGUACCUCCUACUAGCUUCGGUACAAGAGGGAAGCAGGGAAAUGUUCACCCACAUCAAGCACAUGACUGUAACGAAGCAAAGAAUUGGCGUGCUAAGUCACGGUCGGCACGAAGUGACCAAGAUAUUAGCUUGGGAUGCUGUUAGCCAUCGCAUUUAUUAUCUAGCCACAGAAGAAAAUCGACCGGGCGAAAGGCAUUUGUACGUUGUACAGGAUCCCAGUAGAGAAGAUCCUCGCCAUGUGGAAUCUCAUUGCAUUACUUGUGACCUAGGCGAUGUGCUUUGGAGCAGUCGAUACCUCUACAGCAAUUGCACGCAUUUCAAUGCAGAGAUAAAUCCCCGCACGGACAAUACGACACCCCUAUACUACAUCCUUCAUUGCGAAGGCCCAGGGCUUCCAUUAGCGGCCGCGCACAACGCUAGUUCUCACAAACUCCUCAAAAUACUGUACGAUAGUAGACCGAGUAAGUGGCCAUUAAUCGAGAAGUACGCGAUGCCAACGAGAAAAAGCCUCGAGGUGCCUUUACCGCAGGGCAGCAAAGCUCAGGUGCAACUUCUGCUGCCGCCUUCUUGGAGAGAGGAACUUCGAGAUGCUGCCUAUCCCGUCCUUGUUGAAGUUAAUGGACGACCAGGUAGCAAAUCAGUUUCGGAAGAAUUUCAAAUAGACUGGGGAACGUACAUGUCCAGUCAUUGUGAUAUAGUGUAUAUCAAGCUCGACGUUAGGGGGUCAAGAGGUCAAAGUGAUCGAUCUAUUUUCCAUCAAAUAGGAGGUGUAGAAGUACAAGAUCAGGUAACGGUACUGGAGCAUCUUCUGGAAAAACUAAAGUACCUCGAUAAAACCAGAAUCGGCAUCUGGGGUUGGGGCUAUGGCGGUUACGUUACCUCCAUGGUGCUCGGUCUAGGUAACCAGCAGAAGAUAUAUAAAUGUGGCAUAUCAGUAAAUCCGAUAUCCGACUGGCUUUUUUACAACGCAGCGUUUACGGAACGAAUAAUGGGCAUGCCCAACGAAAAUUACAAGGGGUACGUCGAGGCCGAUGCGACUCAAAGGGCACGAAAUAUACCGAAGCAUUCCUUCUUUCUAAUUCAUGGUUUAGCUGACCUCACGGCGCCGUAUCAACACGGGGUGAUGCUUGCUAGUGCUCUUACGAAAGCUGGAGUACUCUAUAGAUAUCAAAGUUAUGCCGACCAAGGGCAUUAUUUGGAAGGCGUGAUAGAACACCUUUAUUAUUCAAUGCAACAUUUUUUUGAAGAGUGCCUUAACCUUGAUUCGGACGAAAAAGCCAAAGAGAGAGAAGAGAAGAAAGAUGAAAAUAAAUGAAGGAAAGGGAAUUGAAAAUACGUGUAGAUAGAGGUUGAAUAUUGAAAUCAGAAAACUGCUAAUAGCAAGCAAUUAAAAACGUAAAGUUCAAAUGUUGUCGGUUGGUCAACAGUGAGCCAAAAACGUGCAAUUUUAGCAGAUUUAUAUUUUUAUAUAUCUAAUUAAUGUCGUCAAUUUCGUUAAUAAUGUUGCUGUGUUUAUUUAAAGUCUUCCUCGAUACGUUGUAGGCACUUUCCGUCUUUAUAUUGCUCAAGUAUCUAGUGUAUAAGUUACAAGAUUUGCCGUAGUUAUUGGCAAUAAAAUCAUCUUCCAAAAAAUACAUCAAUUUUUAUUCCAGCAAUUUUCAAAGACAAUAAAUCACUUAAAAGUAAAUAGAUAAUUUGAAACGAUUAAUAUGUUUUAGUCUGUGAUAAAAUUAAUUUCGAUUAAUAAGUUUUUGGCCUACUGUAGAGGACUGCCGGCUAUCAGCAACGAAAGCGAUAGUAGAUAAAGAGUUGCGUUUUCCUCAAAAAAUUGUCAAAUUAUGACGUGGCUGUGUUUUAGCGAUACAUUGUAUUGUAAAUUUUAAGAUGCUUUCUAAUGUUUUGUCUGUUUCGAAACUAUUUAAAUAUAUAAAAUUGUAUAACUAAUAAUCGAUCUUCUAGUGUCAUUAAUACUAGUUUUAUUAACGAAUUUUACGACGUUUCUUUUACUUCCAUUCGUUAAGUGAAUAUUGUUUUUGAUCUUGUUAAAUUUGUAUUGUUAUACAGUAUGUAACACAAAAACGUAUAAGCCAUUCGUGCAACUAUACCGAAAGUCUUAAAAUUGUGGAGCCGGUCUAGUAUGCGGUCUACUUACAUAUUUCGUCGCCCAAGUAUAUUUAAAUACUUUGGCAGGAAUCAUAUUUUGAAAAACUAAAACUGGUUGUGAACAUGUCUCACACAACUGCAAAU